CGCCUCCGUUGCUGGGGACGCUCCGACCAAGGUAACCGCAAUGGAUCAGGAAGAGGGGUCGACCACCGUGGACAAUAUAGUCACUCAGUUCAACACCUAUGAAGAUUUCCUGGACUCGCAGAUCACUACACUGGACUUGUACUACCUGGAGGAUGAAGACCUGGCCCGCCAGUUGGUGGAGCUAGGCUACCGCGGGACUGGAGAGGUGGUGAAAAGGGAAGAUUUUGAAGCAAGGAAGGCAGCUAUAGAGAUUGCAAGGUUGGCUGAAAGAACUCAGAAAAAGACAUUAACAAGUGCUGGUAAAGACCUGCAUGAUAAUUUUCUGAAGGCUCUGGCAGUGAGAGAAGAACACAAUCGCAGUGGAACAUCCGUGAUCUUUAUUCGUGACAGAAAUUCUCAUGGGCAGGAGGUGUCAGGAUACAUUGACUAUGCCCACAGGCUAAAGAUUGAAGAUUUUGAAGUCUACUUUAGUGGAAAAAAAAGACUUCUUCCAAGACCCACAGAUAUGAGUUUUUACAACUGGGACAGCCAUGUUGCUGUUUGGAAUUCAACUCCCAACUACCAAGUGAUUGCUGAUAAUCCAGAAGGCUUACUUUUCAAAUACAAAAGAGACAGAAAAAUUCUCAACGUGGACCCUAAGGCUCAACCAGGUGACAACUCUACUAGAACCCCUAUCCAGACAGAGCUCUACAUACAAGCUGUCAUUUUUGACCACGUUUCCAGAAGAAAGACUUAACUACAAACAUGUUAGAUGGUUUCCUAAUGGUUUGCUAAAUUUAAAUGACUCCUAUAACCAGAAGCAAAUUAGAAUAAUAAAUGAGUCCUGUAGCUAUAAGGCAAAUCAGAAUAAUAAAAGUUGAUAAAGAAAUUAGAAAG